UUGCAGUAUUUUCAAGGUAGAGAAGUUUAUUGAUGUUGGGAUCGUCCUAAAAUAACUUGAGGCCGGCUAUUCUGAGAUUUAUUAGCUAUUUGGUUUCCUGACCAGUUUUUAAGUGGAUGGUCGAAUUGUGACGGUGUUGCUAACUGUUUUGCCAUGGAGUUCAUCCUGGUUUUUAUUAUUGGCGUUGGUUUGGCCACGGCUGUUCCUGUCGGCAAUAGUAAUAACUCUCCCGGUCCUUGCGACGAUGGUUGGAUUCCCGGCGAUGAUGACAGAUGCUACUUUCUCGGUACAAGCACUGUGUCAUCAUGGGACGAUGCCCAGGCGAGAUGUUGGGCCAUGAUGUCGGAUUUGGCAGAAUUAUCAGACGCAUCCUUAGUGGAACUAAACAGCUUGUUCGUAUUCCUAAAAAGAAUGGCGCCUCAGAACGGGCAAACGAAAUUCUGGAUCGGGAGUGGCUUGACCAACCUGGAUCGAUCACAAGAGGUGCUUCUGAUGGACAACGGCCCAGCAACAUGUGACUACAUCGAUUUGAAGCAAGUCCUGGACCCGACACCUUUAUCCACAGAUUGUGGGACGAAAAACAUGGGAUAUCUGUGCAUGAAGAUGAGUAGGUCGGCCAGUACUUUGCCGGUACCGUUGAUGACCUUAAGCGAUGCCAUGGCACUGCGGACGCUGGGCGCUCCCACUUCGCCCAUGCCAACGACGGUUCCGGGAACGGUGACCUCGACUACGCCGGACGACGACGAUGAUGACGAUGCCGACCCUCUCAUCGUCAACAUUGGCAGUACAACCGAAGCCAGCGACGAUGAUGACGCUGAUGCAACGGAUUCCAGUGCCGACGACAUUGUGACCACCGACUCCAGCGACGAAGUGGAUGAUGAUGACGGUAACUCGGAGAAUGUCAAGGCGCUGGUGGGAUUAUCGUGCCCGGAUAACUGGUUCUUGAGUCCGCUGCAGAAUAAGUGCUACUUUAUUGCGCCACGCUUUGAGAGUGGAUCUUUUAUGUCGACCUGGAGAUACUGCCAAGGAGUGGGAGGACGGCUAGUGCAACCUACUACGUUGGAGGAAUUUAAUGUGGUGGAUAACAUAACGAGAACCCUGAAUAAUUGGACACAAGGACCAUGGAUCGCUGUUAUGCGACCAUUUGGCGACAUGCGUAUUAUUCUUGCAGACAGUGCUGAAUCGCCGAAGCAGCAGAAUUACACUACCGUCCUCCAGCAAAGCGCCGCCGGCGCCGGUAACACGAGCGUAUGCGGUGGAUACGGACCGGGUGCGGAUGCCCAGUUCCAGUUUUGGGAAUGCGAUAUGAUGGGGAAUCCUUUUUGUGAACGACCGGUAGAGAUGGAUUUUUAUCUACUGCGUAUGACGGACUACGGACGGGAAUACGACGUCACCAGCACUUCCGAGCCGGAUACAGAUGUCACGGAUACCGCCGUAACAACGGAUCAGCCAGACCCAACCGAUGAAAAAUAACUUAGAAAAACGAGAUUAUUAAAAGAUCAGCUGUUUUUUUGUCGAUACCUCCCGAGAUGGUUUAUGAAUGCGCUUACAAGUUUUUAUUAAUUUUUAUUGGGAAAUCAUUCUCAUUGGAUAUUAAACCGGGCACAAAGAACUGA